AUGUUGCUUCUCGUGCUCUCGCUGCUCGGUCGCGCCUACGCAUCCGCCAGCGUCAGCGCCAGCCCAGCCAACGACACGCGCGCUCUCGUCCAGCACGCCGGCACUCUGCGCUGGCUGCUGACCGACGCCUUUCCCACCGAAAUCGACCUUGCGCCCCUGACAGUGCCGCUGGCCACGUUGGACUACGAGGAAUUCCAGGACAUUGCGCUCAUAAGCUGCGAUCCGUCCGCCUACGCGGGCUAUCUCGAUGCUGCAGAGACCGUUUCAGACGUAGUUUCACUAACCAAUGGUGGGCCAUCCGCCGUGGUCUUGUACAGCACCCAGUCCGACUACUGCAACUACACCGUCAACGACCCGACGCUGACCUACCCCAACGUCUUUACCGUGCUGACCGCGUCAGCAGCACAGGUUGUCUUGGAUCAUCUCAAUACGGCUGUUUCUUCCUCGAACGAUACUAAUACUACUACGUCUGCUGCUGCUACGGCUACUAUCGCCGCCAACAUGUCGACGAGUAGUGGUGCAUCGCCCUUUGGCGGCACCAACUCGGGUAGUUCCAGCUCGUCGUCGGGGUCUGGUUCCGGGUCCGGGUCCGGGUCCGGGGGAACAACGGCCUUUGCUAUGAUUAUUCUGUAUACGAUCACGGCCAUUAUCACGGCACUGUUUUUGAGUAUUAUCAUUUCGGGAGCCGUGCGUGCGCAUCGACAUCCUGAACGGUAUGGACCGAGAAACGUGACGGGACGACCGCGGCAGAGUCGAGCGCGCGGGAUAGCCAGAGCGAUGCUGGAGACUAUCCCCAUUGUCAAGUUUGGAGAUAACCACGACGAGAGUGUGCAUGCAGCCAAGAGGGAUGUGGAGAUGGCGUCUCAUUCCGAGGAUGCACCAGAUGCAUCCGCUACGGUGCAUAGUUCGUCGUCGGAUGCUGGUGAGACUGGUACUGUUACUGGUGCUGCCCCUGGUGAAGCCCAGGAGCAGAAUACACUGUCUGAAACAGCAGAAGCCGGAACAGACAGUACUGCAGCUGCGGCUGCAGAUAACCAGAACAAGGACGGAGCAGGAGCAGCCGACAUGGGCAACAACGUAUGCCCCAUUUGUACAGACGACUUUGUCAAAGGCCAAGAUGUGCGGCUUCUCCCGUGCAGUCAUCAAUUCCACCCGGAUUGCAUUGACCCAUGGCUAAUCAACGUGUCCGGGACAUGCCCGCUCUGCCGUAUCAAUCUGGACCCGACAGCAGCUGCUUCUCAAGACCAGGCUGAGCCUGGCCAUGACGGAAACGAGAAUGGCAACGGCGGCGAGGCCGAACAUGUCGAAGGCGAGGCCGAAACGCAUGCACAAGCACACAACAAUGUCCACCAUCAUCGCGGUCUGGCGGGGUACUUGUCCGAUAUUCGAGAUAUCCGACGAGCGCGCAAUGCGCCGGUGGAGGAGCGGCUUGAGGCUCUGCGGCGGCUGCGGCGGCUGCGUCAGUCGAAUAUGAAUGCCACUGCGAAUGCCGACGAGUCAGGGGAAAGCCAGGGCCGCCGACGACAUCUGACCACGCGGUUGCGGGAUCGCUUCAGAAUACGGACGCGGCAGCACGGCGGUCCUAGUCCUGGUCCUGGAUCGGAUGACUCGGGCCAGCCGUCCUCUCAGUGA